CAGAGAUAAGUUGCUUUGCGCUUUACUGUACAUUAUUCACUGUGUUCCUAGAAUUUAAGAGAAUCUCGAAUACCUCGUCGCAGUUAUGGAGCCACAAGCAUGUAUGAGCAGAAGGAAACAUCAACAACAGCAAGACAUGCUUCGCACUAUGAAUUCAUUCAGGAAAUCACAAACAUUUUGCGAUGUGAUUCUCGUCGUCGAAAAUCGAAAGCUGCCGGCACACAGAGUAGUUCUAGCAGCGAGUAGUUCUUUCUUCAAAGCUUCCUUUACGUCUGAGUUGACUCAGGAAAAAUCCAGUGAUGAACUCGAUGUGAACCUGUCGGAACAUUUUAAUCCCGACAGUAUCGAAGAACUUUUGAAUUUUGUUUACACCGGGGAAUGCGGAGUUUCGGAGGAGAAUGCCGAAGACCUUUUGGUCAUUGCCGACUAUUUCGAUAUUCCUAGCCUAAAAGAAACUUGUGCGGAGUUCUUGAUGAUAAGCCUCAAACCGUCCAACUGUUUAUGGAUUCAGAUUUUUGCCGAAAGAUACAACCAUGAAUUGUUAAACGAAGCCGCCACUGAAUACAUUUGCAAUCAUCUUUCAUCUAUUUGGAAAACAAAUGAAUUCUUAGGUUUGGAUUUUAUCGAGUUGGAAGAGCUUAUUCGUGGGAAAAGACUCGUAAUCAAGACACAGAAAGGUGAAGAAGAAGUGUUCGAAGGAAUAAAGGCUUGGAUAACACACGAUACGGAAAACAGAGAGCAUUUCUUUGAAGAUCUUUUCCGCCAUGUUCGCUUGUCGGCCAUGUCGACUCAAUUUAUCUCCGAAUUCAUCGAGCGUGACGUACUUGUCACGCGAAGUCACGAUGCUCAAAGUUUGGCCACAGCAGCAUUACGUGUCCCGGAUGAAGAGCGUGACGAGCCUCGUGGUGUCACGGAGAGUGUUGUGCUUCUCAGCAAAAACGGCUGUACUUCUUGUUUCACUCCAGCCACGGGAAUGUGGUAUGACUUGGCCCGACUGCCGAGCUUCAACGAGGCUAGAGCAAUAACAAUUUGCGAAGGACAUCUGUUCGCCAUUGGUUGGGAAGAUGAUCGCUUGACGAUCGAAAAAUUCGACCUGCAGAAAAACAUGUGGUCUGAAGUACUAUCGCGUUCGACCAACCUGCCAAUGGCAGCUGUUAGUGUAGAAGACAGUAUAUUUCUUCUCAAGGAAAAUGGCGUGACCCGUUUUAAGCCAAGAGACCACUCAUGGGAAGAUAUGGCCUCAAUGGACUCCUUGCGACGGGGCUUGUGUGCGGUGUCGCUAGGAGGCCUCGUUUACGCGAUAGGGGGCCACGAUGGACUUAGGCAGCUAGGGCUCAAUAGCGUGGAGCGGUAUGACCCUCAAAACGACCAAUGGGAAUACGUGUCCUCUAUGGACGAAAGACGCGCCUUCGCAAGUGCGACUGUGAUGGACAACAAAAUCUUUGUGGUAGGAGGUACUGGAGAUAACUUUCUACCGCUACAGAAUUGUGAGCUGUAUGAUCCUGUAACGGAUACGUGGAGCCUUCUUUCCGCAGAGUUGUGCGUUCCUCGGUCACAAGCUGCUAUCGGCAAAGCAAAGAGAAAGAUCUUCGUGUUCGGAGGAACUUACAGCAAUGGCAUCGUGGAGUACUUUGACAGAGACAACGAAGAAUGGAUAGAAAUCGGAAAGAUGCCAUCCACAUUGUCUUACAAUCACGCAUGCGUCACGUGGUUACCGAAGGCACUGUUUAAACAACUGAAAGGCAGUAAGCUGCUCUGUGAUCAACAGAACGGAUAGAUACUCAACAGCUUAAAUUGGCUGAUGUAAGGACAGCACAACUUCUUAACCCUUCUGACCGUAGGAGAGACCAGCAUCUAAUUUCUCAUUGCAGUAAUACAGCUCAAUUAUUCACUUAGAUCAUGAGAAUAAAGGAAAUGAACGUCAACCUAAGAAGCUCUGAUUGUUAAACGAUUUCUCCUUGUUAGUACCAAAGAAAAUGUAUUGGAAAGGGUAUGAAGAAUAUGGUUUCUGAUGUUCGUGUGUAAAAGGUUAAUAUGCUGGGGUAAUCUUGUAAAAUUUAGGUAGCUAUUUACAAAAGUUUUUUUUGAGCAUGGUAUAGCUCAAGCCAGGUGGUUGUCAUUUUUUCAAAAUAUCGAAAAGGGUUAUAUACUGUUCUCUCUGUCUUGACCUCGUUUGUAAAUAAGAUUAAUUUAGAUCCGAUCUAAUCGCUAUUUGUUUCAUAAUGUCAUCAACUCCGACGACGGCGCUUGUUGAAUUUUCGCCCCUGAAGAUGUAGCUCCCUUUCGAGGACGGCGAUUGUUCAAGGCCUACGA